AUGAUAGAUACUCAAGUGUUUAACCACGAAUCGCCUUUCAAACAAACACACAACGACUCAGCUAAUAGCUACAACCUCACAAAUACCACUCCGGAUUUAGUCAAAUUUCAAUUGCAGGAGCAAUACAGAUCUUCUUUAAAUGUUGCAACAGAAGCCAACGCUCAUGAUCUUCCAUCUUCGUCCCAAAAUGCAUAUCCAUUUCAAGACCCUUUCAAUCAUCAUCUACAGGCUAGUUCUGUUCUAUACCCUUCUUUAAUUAAUAUCCCCAGCUUGUCAUCUACACCAACAUCUACUGACGAUGACGAGGCUGAUAAUAUUAGUAUCGACGCCUUUUUACAAUCAAGCAAGCCUAAUUAUAUGAAUUUAAAAGUGUUGAUAGAAAACGCCGCAUUCGAUUCAACUCAGCUUGCUAAGGAAUCUAUACUACCUUUAAACGAAGUACAGAAACUAAAGCAUAUAGUUGAAGAAAAGGUAGAACUACAACAAUAUUUGCUUUCAAAGAUUGCCUUAUCACAGCAAUUUAUCAACGAAGUCGUGUACAAAGAGGAUGUGGAGUCGGAAACUUUACUACGGGUCAUUAAAACUGUUUCUUCUUUGCAAUCUCAAUUGAUAUCGAAUAAUAAAGAGUUGGAUGACGCGAGACAAAAAGUCAACAAUCACAACUUGUCGUGUAUGCUUUUAGGCUAUAUUGAGGAUGUGAAGCGUAGCCGCUUUGAAGAUGAGGGGCCAAAUACCCAAAGCUAUUCAGAAGACCAGGCAGGGAAGCCAUCGUCUUCAGUCACCUCAUCUCCAGCAAAACAACACCGCACAUCACCAAAACUUUAUGAAUCACUUUCUGCAUACAUUGCUAAUAUUGCCGCUCAACGAAAUGUUACACUUGCUCCACCUCCAACUGAUGAUGUUGUUGAAAUCAAAAUAAAUUGGUUACAGGAAUGCAUUGACGCCAUACUCUUGAAACCUGUAGCUUCGCAAUCAACAGAUGACACUUCAUUAAUCGGUAACAACUCAAUGUUGGAAAAACUGUUCACAACAUUGUCCUCCUCAGAUGUAAACAAGACCCUUUCUGAGUACAAGACAGCCUUGACAGAUUUGAAAUUCUCCUAUCAAUACUUGGCCAAGGAAUAUGAGCUUUCAAGAAUUAGCUCGUCAAAACUUAUUCAAGAUUAUAGAAAAAAAAUUGACAAAUUGGAAAAGGACAGGGGUAUUGCCGACUCAGAGUCUUGUCGAAGCUCAAUGUCAGGGUCAAUGUCACCAUCUUACUCAACUUCCAUUGAUAACAAGAACAAAGAAAUCACAAAGCUUCGCAAAGAACUCAACUUGCUUAAAGUUGACAAUAUUGGAGUAUCUAAGCGUUCAUCAGCUGCAACAUCAUUAAAGUACAACAGUGGCGACUUUUCGUCCACUACAACCGGUAAAAACUCAGGAACUAGUGAUGAAGAUGAUGUAACUAGUCAAAUCCUGUCCAUAGCGUCAAGGGGGGGUACAACGUCUGCAAGUGGAGUUAGCAAUAGCAUAUUAAGAAGUGAGUUCAAGAAAAUUGUGAGUGAGAUGCAAGAUUUCUAUGAACAGGAAUUAGCAGAGGAACGCAUGUUGCGAAAGAGAUUAGAGGAUAACUUUGAUCGAUUUAAAAAUGAACACGCGAGAGGUUAG